CCGCGCAUGCGCUGCGCCUUUAGCGCGCAAAAAUUUCAAAAUAUUCCUCCGGGUGUUGAGAGGCGGCCAAGUGUGGUCCUCAGGAAGUGUCCAUUACGUUGAUCCGAUGUAUUCGAGUACAUAACCCCACAUUCUUCGAGCCUUUGCCGUCGAAUCUCCACAUGCCUGUGUGGACCCAUAGGACGCCUGUGCAAGCACUGGAUUUUGCUCUGCAACGUCAUUAAGUCAGAUUUACAGAGAGAAGAGACUGAGAGAAAGAUCUUCUGUCUGCUGGUUCACUCUCCAAAUAGCUACAGCGGAGUUGAGCUGAUCUGAAACCAGGAACCAGGAGCUUCUUCAGAGUCUCUCAUGCGGGUGCAGAAUCCCAAGGAUUUGGGCCAUCCUCAGCUGCUUUCCCGGAUCACAAGCAGAGAGCUGGAAGAGAUGUGGAGCAGCUGGGAUACGAACCAGCACCCAUAUGGGAUCCUGGAACAUGCAAGGAAGCCGGUUGUGAGCCAAGGGGAAGGCAGAAAGCAGCUGUGAAUAUGUUUCCAAGCUUUCGUGGCGGUUUAUGGCAUUCUCCAAACUCCUAUGCAAGGACUGUGGCUCAUCGAGAAGACCCAAGAAGGCUGUUCGUGAGAUCAAGUCUGGAUGAAGAACUAAGAGGAAAAAAAUGAAUAUGGUUUUUGCUCACAGAAUGGAUAACAGCAAGCCAGCUUUGGUUACUCCUACCCUUCUGGUGCCCCUCCACAACCACAGCUCCACCGACAUCGCCACCCCUCUGCCAAGCCUCGGACUGACUCAGUUACAGGAGGAGCACAAUUGGAUGAGCAAUGGAACAGACCUUCGAUACGCACCGAAACCCGGGGAAGUGGCCACGGCCAGCGUUUUCUUUGGGACUCUGUGGUUAUUUUCCAUCUUUGGCAAUUCUCUGGUCUGUCUGGUCAUCCAUAGGAGCAGAAGGACCCAGUCUACCACGAACUACUUUGUGGUCUCCAUGGCCUGCGCUGAUCUUCUCAUCAGCGUCGCCAGCACGCCAUUCAUCCUGCUCCAGCUGGCCACGGGCCGGUGGACGCUGGGCAGUGCCAUGUGCAAGGCCGUGCGGUAUUUCCAGUACCUCACGCCAGGGGUGCAGAUCUAUGUGCUGCUCUCCAUCUGCAUAGACCGCUUUUACACCAUUGUCUAUCCUCUGAGCUUCAAGGUGACCAGAGAAAAAGCCAAGAAAAUGAUCGCAGCCUCCUGGAUCUUCGAGGCAGCCUUUGUGACCCCAGUGUUCUUCCUCUACGGCUCCAACUGGGACAGCCAUUGUGACUAUUUCCUCCCUUCCUCUUGGGAAGGAACCGCCUAUACUGUUAUCCACUUCUUGGUAGGCUUUGUGAUUCCAUCUGUCCUCAUAAUCUUAUUUUACCAAAAGGUCAUAAAGUAUAUUUGGAGAAUAGGCACUGAUGGCCGAACAGUGAGGAGGACAAUGAACAUUGUCCCAAGGACAAAAGUGAAAACUAUCAAGAUGUUCCUCAUUUUAAAUCUAUUGUUUUUGCUCUCCUGGCUGCCUUUUCAUGUAGCUCAGCUGUGGCACCCCCACGAACAAGACUAUAAGAAAAGUUCCCUUGUUUUCACAGCUGUCACAUGGAUAUCCUUUAGUUCUUCAGCCUCCAAGCCUACUCUGUAUUCGAUUUAUAAUGCCAAUUUCAGGCGAGGGAUGAAAGAGACUUUUUGCAUGUCCUCGAUGAAAUGUUACCGAAGCAAUGCCUAUACGAUCACAACAAGUUCAAGGAUAGCCAAAAAAAACUAUGUCGGCAUUUCAGAAAUCCCUCCCAUGGCUAAAACUAUAACCAAAGACUCAAUCUAUGAUCCCUUUGACAGAGAAGCCAAGGAAAAAAAGCUUGCGUGGCCCAUUAACUCAAACCCACCAAAUACUUUUGUCUAAUUUCUCAGAAUCCUUUCAAUUAUUGUUAUGCACCAGAGAUUAAAAAAGCUUUAACUAUAAAAACAGAA